AGAAAUUCCAGGAAAGUACCUUACUUUUUCUAUAUUUAUCAAAAGACACCCUUCUUUGAGGGCAUGCAAUAUUUUCUCUUCUUCAAUUGCAAAAGUUUCAGAAUGCAGGGGCACGAUGACCACCGGGUCGACUGACUGUCUGUCGGCUUCCACAAUUUCUUUGCGAAAGCACACGUCUUUUCUUUUCCUUUUUGCUGUCUACUUCAACGGGGAAUUUCCGUCCCUCCUGAUGCAUCAGAGUCUGAACGCCUACCCGGCAGAUCUAUAAGUCUCGCAUACAUCUGCUGCGCCGUCGUCGCUGUGGAACCCAAAUUCCCGUCAAUUUCAGAAUCGUCCAGAUAGAUUUUUGCUAAUCCUUCCCCCAGAAUGGUGUUCAACGGGCCUCUCUCUCCGUCCAGCACUGAUUCAGACACCGAGAGUGUAGCGAAGGUAGAAAAGCGGGGGUGGAAACUGGGCAAAAGUUCUGACCAACUUAGAAGGAAAGCUAUGAGAGGACUAUCGGCGUCUCGAGGUCUCGCUAAGAGCCCUAAGGUAAGCUCUAAGGUAAAGCAAGAUGCGUCGAUGGGGAGCAAGAACGGGAAGUUACCGGCGGCAAGUAGCAGUGGCGCGGACAAAGCUCUAGCUGCAGCGAAAGUGAUAAUGCCCAACCUGAAGAUGUACACGCUGGCGGAGCUGAAGAGCACGACCAGGAGCUUUAGCACGGACACGAUCCUUGGGGAGGGCAAGUUUGGGAGGGUGUUCAAGGGUUGGGUGGACGAGAACACCCUCGUCCCGUCCCAUGUCGGCAAUGGCAUCCCGGUUGCCAUCAAGAAGUAUAAUCCUGAUAGCCAUCAGGGCUUGUGCAAGUGGCAGUCGGAAGUCAAGUUCUUGGGAAAGUUUUCUCAUCCGAAUUUAGUAAGAUUACUGGGGUAUUGCUGGGAAGACAAUCACUACCUACUCGUGUACGAGUACAUCCAGAGGGAAAGCUUAGAAAAUCACCUUUUCAGAAAGGGAGCUGAACCUCUUCCGUGGGACGUGCGGCUUAAAAUUGCAAUCGGAGCUGCCCGCGGGCUUCAUUUCUUGCAUACAUCCGAGAAUAACGCCAUCUACGGGCUGUUCAAAUCUUCCAAUAUACUACUGGAUGCGGACUACAAUGCCAAGCUCUCAGAUUUUGGGCUAGCAAAGCUAGGACCGGCACGCGAGGACUCUCGAGUGACAAAGCUAGAAGAAGAAGAAGUGAUCGAAAGAUAUGUUUACGAAAGAUAUGUUUACGCCGCUCCUGAGUACAUUGCCACUGGACAUUUGUAUGUGAAGAGUGAUGUAUAUGGCUUUGGAGUGAUUCUACUAGAAAUGUUGACGGGUUUACAAGCGCUCCACCUUACCUGCUCCAGCAGCCAGCAGAAUCCAGUUGAAUGGGCGAGGCCAUGGCUCCACGACAAGAGGAAGCUGAGGACGAUAAUGGAUCCGAGACUAGAAGCUCGAUACCCUAUGAAAGCUGCAACUCAGACAGCUGAGCUCACCCUCAAAUGCCUGGAGGGCUAUCCUGAAGCGAGGCCCUCGAUGGAUGAAGUGCUGGCAACAUUAGAACAUAUCGACACCAUUCGGGAGAAGAAGAAGGAGGCCAAGGCAAGCACAUCAAGCGGGCCUCCUUUUCACUAGCAUCACCACAAGCACCAUCGAUCGCCAAUUCACCCCCAAUCACAGUGCUGAUAGUCCUCGUGGAUCUGGAAGUUGAUACUUCCCAGCCGUGAUAUCGGCGACUCGUUGAGAUGGAGAUUUAAUUUAUAAAUAUUUUGCAAGUAGGAAGUCAGCAAUUGUAAAGGCUAGUCUCUUGUCAAAUAUUUGUCAAGGAUCGCAGUGCAGGAGAAGUUGGCUCUUCACGGCCAAAUUUGUGUAUACAUUAGUCUAGACUGGGGCUUCA